AUGACAGGGGCAAAGAGGAAAAAGAAAAGUGUGCUCUGGAGCCAGGUGAAGGCUCCCCGUGGUGAAGGCGUUAAACAGUGGUGCAGAAGGAGGCUGCCGAUUUUGGAAUGGGCAUUACAUUACAAUCCGAAAGAAAACUUGCUUCCAGAUACUGUGUCUGGGAUCAUGUUGGCAGUUCAACAGGUGACACAAGGGCUGGCCUUUGCCAUUCUCUCAUCUGUGCACCCCGUGUUUGGUUUAUACGGGUCUUUAUUCCCUGCCAUCAUUUAUGCCAUCUUUGGAAUGGGACGUCAUGUUGUCACAGGCACUUGUGCCUUGACAUCCUUAAUAUCAGCCAACGCGGUGGAACGGCUUGUCCCUCCGAGUAGCCAGAACCUCACUGAACAAAGUAACACAAGCAUCCUGGGCUUAACUGACUUUGAGAUGGAAAGAAUUGGUAUUGCUACAUCUGUUUCCUUCUUGGGAGGUGUGAUUCAGGUGGCCAUGUUUGCCCUGCAGCUGGGCAGUGCUACUUUUCUGUUCACGGAGCCUGUGAUCAGCGCAAUGACAACUGGGGCUGCCACGAAUGUUGUGACUUCACAAGUCAAGUAUCUCUUGGGAAUGAAAAUGCCCUACAUAACCGGGUCAUUCCGCUUAUUUUACAUCUACACAUAUGUGUUUGAGAACAUCAAGUCUGUUCGCCUGGAAGCCCUGCUCCUAUCCUUGCUGAGCAUUGUGGUGCUUGUGACGGUGAAAGAGUUAAACGAGCAGUUUAAAAGGAGAAUUAAAGCUGUCCUGCCUGUCGAUUUGGUCCUGGUUAUUGCUGCAUCGUUUGCUUGUUAUUAUAUCGAUAUGGAAAAUACAUAUGGAUUAGACGUACUUGGUCAUAUUCCAAAAGGAAUUCCUUCACCGAGAGCUCCCCCCAUGAAUGUCCUCUCUGCAGUAGUCACAGAAGCUUUUGGAGUCGCACUCGUGGGCUAUGCGGCCUCCCUGGCUCUUGCUCAAGAAUCUGCCAGAAAGUUCAAAUAUUCUGUGGAUGACAACCAGGAAUGUUUGGCUCAUGGCCUCAGCAAUGUGAUUCCUUCAUUUUUCUUCUGCAUACCAAAUGCUGCUGUCAUGGGGAGGACCAUUGGCCUAUACAGCACAGGGGCAAAGACACAGGUGGCUUGUCUCAUAUCUUGCAUUUUCGUCCUGACAGUCAUUUAUGCCGUAGGACCUUUGCUUUACUGGCUGCCAAUGUGUGUUCUUGCAAGUAUUAUUGUCGUGGGACUGAAAGGAAUGCUCAUCCAGUUUCGGGAUUUAAAAAAAUAUUGGAAUGUGGAUAAAAUCGAUUGGGGCAUUUGGGUCAGUACAUAUGUCUUUACAAUAUGUUUUGGUGCCAAUGUGGGGCUACUGUUUGGCGUUGUUGGUACCAUAGCUAUGGUGAUUGGUCGCUUCCCAAGAGCAAAGACACUGAACAUAAAAAAUAUGAAAGAAAUGGAAUUUGAAGUGAAAACAGAAAUUGAUGGUGAAGCCCAGCAGCGGGUGAAAAUUAUCUCCGUAAACAACCCGCUUGUUUUUCUGAAUGCAAAAAAGUUUCGUGCUGAUCUAAUGGAUAUAAUCCAAAAAGAACAGGCCAGCAACCAGCCACUCGAUGAAACCAGCAAGUGUGAACAAAACUCAUUGCUCAAUUCUCUGUCCAAUGGCAAUUGCAUUGAAGAAGCAGCACAGCCCUGCUCGGAAGAGAGGAACUGCUCCUUGAUCCUGGACUGCAGCGGGCUGGCCUUUUUUGACUCUGCAGGCGUCUCCGUGCUGGUUGAGGCUUACAGGGACGGUAAGAGCAGGAGUGUGGAUGUGUCAUUAGCCCAUUGCACAGCUUCCUUGGUGAAAGCCAUGAAGUACUUUGGAAACCUAGACUCAGAGAAGCCAAUUUUUUUUAACUCAGUAUCUGCUGCCAUAAGUGAUAUCCAUGCGAAUAAAAUGAGACAAAAUCUGAGCAAGCUCAGUGAGCAGAGUGAAGUCUGA